CACUUAAAAGGACAAAACACUGACUUUGGAAAGACAUGGACUCAAAUGAAGAUAAUCAGGAAUCAGAGCACAGACGAUUAUCCCAUCGUAGCAAUGGCAAGGUCUCUGAAUUGUCUCUCCAAUCUGGGAAAAAGGAGAAAUAUCGUAAAGACAUAGAGAGCUCGGCUGGGGAUCGAGCACAAAGUAAAUCACAACAUCCAGUCAGAGACCCAGACCGUGAUCGUUGUUCAGAUGGAGAGCACAGUAGUGCCACUUUCUUCUCCGAUGAUUAUGAAAACGUCUCGCACUCUGAUCAGUCUCUGUCGCCACAGUCAGAGUCUCCAUCAGCACAGCAACGAGGGAGAUCUAGAAAGGUGUCCAGCAGCCCCUUACUUCGAGCAGGUGUUCGUAAAGGUGUCACCGUAACGCGGCGUCCCCCUCCCCACUCCCUACAUCCUCAGCAGCGGUCAGGAGGCAUAAAAUCUCAUAGCUUGAGUAAAGAUGCUCCAUCUAAAGAGGUCGACAAGGUCACUAAGCGCAUGCUGUCUGCACGUCUGCUUAAGAUCAACGAGCUAAAGAAUGGACUGUCUGAGCUACGUUUACAUGCGGAUGAGCUGCAACGUGAGAACCGUUUAUUGCGGCAGCUGCAGCUGCGGCAGGAGAAAGCACUGCAUUGCUACAAUGACUCAGAGAGUGAGAUUUCACAGCUGCUGUCUAGCCACAACAAUGAGACUCAUGUUCUGCGCGAGAGGCUACGACGCAGUCAGGAGAACCAGCGUACAGCUGAGAGCAGCCUAAGGGAGACGGAUGCCCAGCUCCAGCGCUGUCGCAGCCAGCUGCAGAAACUGCAGCGACUCGCAGACGUCCAGAAUCUUGGAGAAAGGGAGGAGCUCUCACGCAAACUGAUGCACACACAAGCAAAAUUGCAAGAGAGUGAACGCAAAGUGAAGGAAUUGGAAAAGAACAUGGAGUUGAGUAGCGGGAGCUUUCAGAGGCAGCUAGCUAAUGAGAUGAGAAGAACUCAUGAUACCCAACUGGAAGUUAAAGCACUACAGGAGGAAGUGGAGAGACUUUGCACUAAACUAAAGGAUAAAGAAAGGGAGCUGGAUGCUAGGAACAUCUACUCUAACAGGAUGGGGAAAGCUUCUAAGAAAGAAGUAUAUAAUGGCAGCAAGAGGAAAGGCUCUAUCACAACCAGUACUAUAGCUGUACAGACUGAGGAGAGGAUGUCAUCACUGGAUUUCCCCUUGCCUCAUCCAUCUCUUACCAGUGAGCUCCCACCUGAUGACCAAACUGAUGAUUACCUCACUCUGAAGGGUCAGCAAGACAGAAAGCAGAAACAGAGAGAAGCAAAGGACUGGAAGAUACAAGAUCUUUGGAGAGAGAGGGAGAAAGAAAGAGAGAGGGAAUCAGCAGUGGGACAGACAAAAGAGAAGGAGAAAACAAAAGAGAUACUGCAAGACAGAGAAAGAGAAAUGGAGCUAUUGAAAGACAGGGAGAGGCAAAGACUAGAUCAACAGCUCAACUUAAAUGAGAAGAACUCAAACGAACACAGAAAUGGUAUACACAGAGCGGAAGAGGAUUGGAGGAUCGGCCUAUCUAUAUCUCAGAAGGAGGAAGAGAUUAGGAAGCAGCGUGAACUGGAAGAGGAAGAACUUAAAUCAAGAAAUCAGGAGAUCCAAGCGGCCAAUCAAGAGCGUUCUGAAGAGGAACAUCAACGCAAAGAGCAGAUAUUGGAAAAGAUGCGAGAGAUUGACAUGCAGACUCAAGGCCAUGAUUCUGACUUCUUCUCAGACGAGGCGGGAAGUGUUCGCUCUCCACCACGGUUGUCUGAGCAGCGAAACCAAAGCGCUAUUUUUAAAUUCGCAGACCCAGAUGAGAACCUAAACACAUUUGGAAGUGGGAGAAGGGGGGCUGGUCUCCGAGCACAGCAACCUAGCGAGAAUCUUGAUCUUGCUUUUGGCAGCUAUGCCCCAUCUUUUGGUAAGUCCGCUCCCCGGGGAGGUUUGAGCUCACGGAAUGCAACUCAGAACUCAAACCCACAGCCUCCACGAGAACUGGAUGGAGGGAUGGAUCUGGAUGGUAUUGUGAAAGAGAGGAAAUCCAACCUCAUACAGCAGCUUUUCGGGUCCACUUCCACUUCACCUCCUUCUGACCUACCCAGCAAGAUGGAGAUCCUAAGCCCCCCUCUUACUGCCCAGCUCUCAUCAGGACCAGUGAGUGGACACAGCAGGGACACUGACACACCAACUGGCCUAAACCUCGAUUCUCUCCCCAAAAAUAGAAGCACUCUCCAUGUCUCUGAGAGCCGACCAGCAGUUAGGGCCAUUACAUCAUUUGAUGAUGACAUAGAGGAAGUCACACUCUGAAUAUGAUGCCUGUAUAAACAUUGUACAUGGGAGAAGCAGUUUCUCUAAUACAGGAGGAGAACAUCUAAAAACCCCUGAUACUUGGUUUUGUGCUCCCUUAUGAAGUUAUCUCUGAUUAAAAAAUGGUUAGUUUGCUACCAUGCCUCUAUUUUUAUUUUUACCUUUAACGCUCUGGAUGAAAUCAUAGAGGACGAUUGUCUAAUCUUUCACUCUUUUUUUUUUUAUUAUUUUUUAGUUAGGUAUACAAAGGAAAAGCAUUUUUCAUGCCUGUCUGCAGUGUCCAAAAUGUACACUCGCCAAGCUCCAGUAACACUGAUAUAAGCCACAACAUGGUUUAAGACUGGAUUACACUACCCAACUUUAACAACGAUUUUGGCACCAAUUUACAAUCAGGCUUAUUUUUUUACUCAUCGGCUCCAAUCAGCACAUUUUGGGCCAGUUGGUGUUGACAGAUUUUACAAAAUAUCUUUGAGUAAAUGAUGGGUACAGACACCAAUGUCUGACACUUAAUUUAUGCUUACAUCUAGUUGUAUAUGAAAUGUUUUUUAGAUAUUGUAGAGGUGACUGUAGAGGAAAUUUUUGCAGUGUAUGAUGCUCCAUGACUCAAAUCUGAAGUCAUACAUCUGACUCUCAUUAAUAAGUGUUUCAAAUCAAAGUCAUAAAAAAAAAAAACUAUCAAAGUAAACAUAUGACAGGACAUGGGCAUAUCUUUUAAACAAAUUUUUACCUCAGUGAAAAAUCAGAGGUUUACCUAGGAUGCCUAAAGGGUUUUAUCCUCUUGAACUCCAUGUGGCGAUACAAAUUUGGAAUAUUCCUUCCAUUCCAUCACACCAAAACAAAAAUAUGACCAACAAGGUCAAUAUGUGCAGUUUUUCUUUUGCCUGGAUUAUCUCAUACACUUAUUGAGCACUUUAUUAGGAACACUAUGGUCCUAAUAAAGGGCCUGUCGUGGUCUUCUGCUGUUGUAGCCCAUCCGUCUUGUGUUUCGACAUGUUGUGGAUUCUGAGAUGCUAUUCUGCUCACUGCAAUUAUAUAGAGUGGUUAUCAUGGAGUUAAAAGAGCCUUUCUGUCAGCUUGAUCCAGCCUGGCCAUUUUCUGUUGACCUCUCUCAUCAACAAGGCAUGUCCAACUGCCCAGAAUUUUUCCCCAUUCUGAUGGAUGAUGUGAACAUUAACUG